UGGAGUAUCUGCUCAGCCCGCCGUUCCAUCUUCAUCAUCUGUGCAGUCUAUUCACGACAAACUAGACGUAGUACUAGCAACGAAGAGCCUCAUUGGUUUGCCGAUGGUAUUGCAAUUGGGAAAUCGGCUGGCCUAAUUGCUGGAGUUUUAGGGCAGCUUGCAACAAAUCCUAUGUACUUUCCUAUUGGCUUUGAGAAAUGGUCAUCCAUGCCCAAAUAUUUUGUGGACCGUGUUUUUAAUGAUAUAAUAGUGCCUCGGUUUUUCUUUAGGAUUCAUCAACUAAUGGCAAAGGCGUGUCAUAACAGCUCCCUUAACAAAAAGUGGAAGGAGUACAUGCUUAAACUAUGGAAGGAGGCUGAAGAACCAUUAUUAAGUAAAGAAGAUAUCAUCAAGAACGCUCUGGAUGGCAUACCGAUGGACCAAUGGGCACUGUAUGUUACUUAUCGCUUGAAAGAGGAGACAAAGGAGCGUUGCAAGAAGAAUGCACAGAUUCGAAAAAACCAACUUCCUCAUACUUGUGGUGCUAUGAGUUUGGCUAGAAGAAGGGAUGCAAUGAAGGCGAUGGGAAAAGCUUUUGACCGAGGCAGAAUAUGGGCUGAGACUCAUAAAAGGAAAGAUGAGAGUUAUGUAACUGAUGAGACUAUGGUGAUUGGGGUAAGUAACAUUUUUGGUGCCUUCUGCUGUGAAAUUCUAUUUUAUAUUGGUACUGCUUGUAUAGUGGGUUUCCACAACUAUUUCAAUAUAGAAUGAAGUUUCCACAGCUAUUUUUAGAGCAACCGCUCCUAUGUAUGUUUUUGUCGUUAAAUCUUUUAUUGCCGUCUAAAAGUUUAUGGGUUGAUAUUACUGAAAGUAGAAAUCUUGUGUCAUUUAGACAUUAGGUAGUUGCUUCAUUUGGAUUCUUGCAUUUUAUAAUAGCGAAAGAAGCUGAGGAAACUGCUUAAAUUAAUGUUCUCUUUGAAAUCCUUUAACCUUUUCCAUAUCAUCCUCAACUAAUCUCUGUUAAUAAAGCUUAUAUACAUUAAAAUAAGGCAAAGUAGAGGAAUUUGAACAGAAACAAGUUCAAAAGAAGGUUGAAUUCAAUGUGGUUGAUCUUUUUAGGACACAAAUAAAUCAACACCAAUAGGAGUAUAAGAAGACACAUUUGGAGCUGGUGAUUUUUUCUUGUCUCUG